AUGAGCACAGAAACUCCUCCGCCGCCCUAUGAGUCCAUCGUGCAAGGCCUGAUUUCGAAAACAGACGGCAAACAAUUGACUGCUGACCAGCUCAACACCUAUGCAGCAUCACUGACCCCCGCUGAAAAGGCGACCAUUGCAAAUGGGCCCCUUCCGGAUCCAAAGAACCUUACUCCUGAAGAUGUCGCCAAAUUUCACGAGAAGGUCCAGAAGGACUUGACUGAUCCUGCAACCCUUGAGCUCUUCAAGACUGCAGCGCGGGACGCCGUCACAGCAUACAAAGAACUUGAUCAGAAGUUUGCGUCAAUCUACACUCAACUUGCCAAGAUCGAUAGCGACAACAACUUGACCAGUACUGACCAGUUCCUUCCGAGAUUCGCAGAUAUACAGAACUCGUGGCGUCAAGUGCUCAAGGACAGUCGCACCUUGGCUGCAGAUGUUUCAGUAUAUGCAAAGAGCUUUGAUACUACCAUUAUCCCGGUCGUUGCCGACCCGACCCUAGAUGUCAAAUCAAAGCUAGCCAUCAUGGAUGCUGCCAAGCAGAACACAGAAGGAUAUCAUGGCCGGGCGGAUGACAUCAAGACCCGUCUAGAGAAAGUUGUUGACGAUUUUCUGAAAUUCACCGGCGAAUUUGGCAAGUGGGGCCAAAAGACUGAGGGGGAUAUCAACAAACAGAUCGAGACCGCCAAAGAAGAGCAGCAAAGGCUCUUGGAUCACCUGAAGAGUCUCAACGGUCGAUUUAUCGGCUUUGGUAUUGGUGCUGGCCUUGGCAUGCUCUCGAUCGUUGGCGGUUUCUUUGCCGGACCUGCGGCACCUAUUUUCUGGGUUGCUGGCGCCUUGUUGACAAUUGGUUUUGGGAUUGGCUUGAUUGCCACCGGGAUCGACUAUUCUAACACCAAUGACGCUUUGACUGCAAAGAAGAACGAGAUUGACAGCCUGAAUGCAAAAGUCAGCUCUAUCCAAUCAGCCCGUACGACUCUUCAGACUACCCUCAACGAUGACGUCGCAUACAUUAAAGACCACAUGAGCGCAAUUACAGGUGUUUGGGGUGCUUUGCUGGAUGACACUGAGCAAAUUAGGAAAUGGAUUGAGUCGGGAGAGUCAAUUGAGAAUAUCGAUACACUCCCUCCUGCUAUAAAAAUCAACCUCGUUGGCAAUCAAUUGUCUUCCGCUGUCGCUCUGUAUACCAAGAUUGGCGAAUACCUUUCGGAAUACUCCAGUGGCAUGAUUGCCGCUAAGAUUCCCGAACCGAAGAAAUAA